GGUCGUGAGGUAGCCCGAUAUUGCACGGAUUCACUUGGAAAACUUAACCUCUGACAAAGGAUGCGAUUCUUUCACUCAGCGAAAAUGUGUUGUGAAAUAUCCGCAUGAGAUUACGUCAUGUUUUUUUGCCAAGAAAACAUUCAAAAGUCUGUAUUUUUUUCCAAUCGAGUAGGAAUUUUUGGCCUGCAAUAAAAUUGACAUGGAUACGUCCUCGCCGCGCAGCCUGGGAACGCUGCAAAUUCUAACUCGAAUUAACAACAAAACAACCUGUUCUCUCAGAAUCGCACGUCCAUCCCUGGAUCUAUCACUGCUGCUGAUGUAAAAGAAAGGUCCUAACGACACGACGGACGAAGACACAAGGACCAUAUUUACCUACUGUUUUGCUCCUCCGUCAACAAAUCCGACCAAGAUAUUUUAGAAUCCGCCAGUUUUAAUAGUCCUCUUUUCAGCGGUUACUGGUUAUAGUAUCAGUCAAAAUAAUUUCCAGUUGAAUGUUGAAAAUCAUUAGUUUUGCCUUUCGAUAUGUUAUACUCUAGAAAUCUUUAGCCAGCCCCUUUUUACAUCCAAUCGCAUGAAAAAGACCAAAGCUAGUAGCUAUUUGAUCAAUCGCAAUUUUCGGUUUUGUGGGUUUUCUCUGAGUACUCGUUAGCUCUUGGUUUUGCCCUCAAUAACUGUAAUUAACAAUGCUCUGUCAAAAGAGCGCUCUACUAAUUUACGUAGUGUUAUGAUACUGCCCUUUAGCUUUAUGAGUUUAAACAUCUGUUCACUGAGAACAAAAUGUCUCUCUCUUGUGAUAUGCAAAGUGGAUUUUCUCAGCAUAUUUUUAAAGUCAUCGCAGAACUUAUCCAUGUGUGAUCUGCGAGAAAAUUAUAUCUGGGAUGAAUGCAAGUUAACUUUUCGGCCUUGCAUAACUGGCGUGGAUUUUCCAGCAGUUCCCUGUGGGACUUAGAUCCAUCAAAUUUUUUAUUAGAUGUUCAGUUUACAAACAAGAACUCAAGCAAAACUACUUAACCAGUAGCUGUCAUUAUGUAUAUUGUCCUUAGAGAGUUCGCCGCCAUUAUGAUCUAAAUCUCAAAAUCAUCAAUCAUUGUUUCCCUUCACGUACCUUUAACAAUAGCACUCUUGAAAUCAAACCAAUUUUUUUCAUUGCGUCACUUGUUGCUCCAUUAGAUGUAAAUUCAAAUUGUUUAUUCCCGAGUAACUUCAAUGCUUACAAAAUUUACUGAAACUUUAUCGUUCGAGUGUUGUUCUUCGUCACGAAGGGCAUGACAAAUCAGGAAAAACCGCCGACCAAACAGGUUUUUAACAGCAGCAGCCACGACUUGCUUUUACACGAGACGUGCGCCCUGGGAGACGACACAAAACUCGAAGAAUUGGGUAGCUUUAUAAGAGGUGGAAAAAUCGACGUGAAUUCGAGAGAUGAGGAAUGGGGCAACAGAGCUGCUCUUCACUGGGCGGCACACAGAGGGCACGCCAAGUGUGUGAAACUUCUUUUGGAAUACGGCGCUGAUCCUGCCGCUCGUAUGGUGGGAGGCUGGACACCAGCUCACUGCGCGGCGGAGACCGGACGCUCAAAUGUACUCAAGAUCUUAAUCGAACACCAGGCCCCUGUCAUGAUUGCGGAUAACUCGGGGGACACGCCUAAAAGGGUAGCGGAGAUAUACGGACAUACGGCUUGUAUUGAACUUCUUGAAAGCGCUGAAGAUUCCUCUGUCCAAAAACAGCUUCUUAUUAGAGACAAGUUCCGCUCCAACACAAGAAAAGUUUCACGCAUUGUGGCUGAGAAAGGCUUGGAGGGUCUUCAAGGAAAAGUGACAGAUGUACCCAGCUAAGUUGUUGGUGCUAUGUCGGUUUGUGACGAAUCUCCUGAAUUCACGAUAAGUAGGUGAUAAAGACCUUAUCGCAAAAGGCGUCAUGGGAUACUACGCGAUAUCUUACGCGCGAGUCACGUGCACAUCACGUGCGCAUCACUUGCGCAUCACGCGCGAAUUAGGGCGACUUUAAACGGAAUAAUAAUCGCACCGAUGCAAAAACUCGAGGAUGUGUAAGAAGGUGGACUCAAUUCAAGUUUAGAAUUUUACUAUCUUGUCGUGGACGUCCGGGAAAGUUGGAUCUGUAUCCUUGACAUUUGUUCUACCGACCUUUAAAAGGGGUUGUUUUAAUUAGAUAGGUCGAUAAUUUCACAUGUAUUGUAAGUGUUCCUUGAUGGGUACUCGAACUCUAAGUUUGUGCCCAGUCUCACUCUUUGUCAAUCUUUAUUCACAGUCCAGUUCCUGUUGUUAAAUUGAAAUUCUGAUAAUCAUUUUUAGCCGAGGGUAGACGGAUUUCCCUUUAAAAAAAAAAAAAAAAGAACAAGCAAAACAACAACAAAAUGAUCAUAGUUUUAUGACGAAGAUUUCCUACCUUUAGGAAAUCUGUUAUCUCUUGAUCUGCUACGAUCAGUGUAUAAACAGAGAAAUUUCUAUAGACAGGAGAAUGCUGUGGCGACAGGAGUCACAGGAGAGUGUCAAUAUACCGAUCGCCACUCUUCCUUCUCUUAGGGGUUUCGCGCUUAUAUUAAGCUAUGAUCUGCGGUAUCGCGAGUGGUAGAGUUCAACUCUAUCGCAUCCUACUCGUAUUUUGACUUCUUAUUUCCAAACCACCGUUGCCUUCCUUUGCAUACCGGUGGCAAUUUUGACAAGAUAUUGUUAAUUGUUGGUGCACGAUUCACACCAGUCUCGGCGUCUAUUAGGAGAAAAGAAAGGGUCAACUAAGCCAUAGGUCAAGAUUUGGUUCACCCUUUAACCCCUAAAAGUGACCGGCUUCUUAUUUCUCCUUACAGUUUCACCCUUAAAUCAAAUUUAAAGGCUAUGAGAACGAAGGAAAUAAUCACCAUUUCAAGAAGCUUCUGAUUGUCAAAUCAAUUCUCCUUUAUUCAGUACCUUAUAAAAUGCAGAGUUAGCAGUGUGAGGAAUAUAAAUACUAAUCUUAUGAUAGAAAGGAUUAAGUCUGUUGUUCGAAUUAAGUUACUAAGUCUGACAGUUGAGUUAACCAAACGUAUGCCACGUAGGUGGUAUGGGAAAGACGAUAAGACUAAAAUGAAAUAUCAGAGCUUUACUAAAACGUCGAAUUUAUCUAAUAUACGAUCAUUUUUGUCUCUCGCAUUUUGAAAGGCCAGAUUGUCUUGAUAUCGAUGGUAAAUCGUUUUGUCUUUUAAUCCUUUCUGACAAUUGUCUAAAUUCUAAGUCUUUCUUUGACAGGUAGUAAAUUAGCCACAUUUAACUUCGGAUUUUUAUGUCAACAAAACUGGCAUCCUCGCUGACCUCUGAAUACUUUAAAGCGCUUAGAUUUGCAUCUUAGUUCAUUUGAUGGAUAAGGGUCGUGUCACGCUCCCUAAUGAGUACUGAAACAACCCGUCAAUCGCGAAUUGAAAUUAUAUCUUCUUUUUUUUCAAUUUUAGCGGGAGAGGCCCCUAUGAAAGCGCGUGAAUUCAUUUGUUGUGACGAAGGGGUAAUGUUCGAAACGUCAGUUACAGUGACCAAUUUACAUUAUCAAGUCUGUGAUAGAUCAAAACCAUCUUGUAAUGCCCCCACUGAGGGGCGCCACAGCCUCUUUAGAAACUAACCCCCUCCGCGCAAACAGUAAAGAAGGUCGACUGAGAAGGUUAAAUGUGAAAUUGUAUACAGUUAUCUUUAUCUGGUCAAAGAAUGGACCCAGUGACUAUGCUAAUUUUGGUCAUGUCCAUAACUCGUGUGUGGUGAAGAUGGAAUGACUACCCCUACUCUUAGCCCCAAAUAGAAUUUCACUUUCAAGUUUGGAAUGUUGGCGACAAAAUCAUAAAAGAGUACUUUUUUAUGUGGUUUAAGUGAAAUAUCUUAUAUAACCUCCCCGACUUUUCUUCGCAGUGCAGCUUAUACUUGUUGGACAAGACUUUCCAUUCACGUGUCGCGACAGUGGCGCACUAUUUCAUGCUAAAUGUUAACCUGUAGACCCCAUGAAGGCAUCCUGCUUCGUAACAGAUGAAAUAAGUUGAAUUUUAAGUGAUCUCUAGGGACUGUUAAAAGGCGAAGUUCAAGCCUGCACUUAUCGCAUGCCAGAGGCGUUUGCAUCCGUGGACCGAUGCCCUUAUUUGGCGGCAAGGACAGCGUUCCAUCACUGGGAUUGGCCAACCGUAAUGUCUAUUCAAACAAUCUUUCAGACUGUUUAAUUCAUUCAAACAAAACAUGAACGAAGUCGCGCACCAAGUGUAGCCCUCUGCUAAAAGGCCUUCUUGUGCGCUUCUUUACUGAUUGAAGCACUUCCUUGGGCCAUUUACGAGAGGAUUAUCAACAAAUGACGCGCGGUUCUUGAAGAGUUUCACAUCCUCGAUUCUUGGAACUUGUAGACAGGUCAAAAUGCCGCCUCGAAGAAAAGGCACGCAAGCCAUACGCAAAAGCGUUAUGGUACACAUCGAUCAGUCCGCAUGCGAUCUCAUCCACAAACCCGUACAAAGCGCACGUGAAUAGUUACAUGUAUUUGGUGGUUAAAAACCACAAUUUAAUCGCAGUAACGACCCGCCAUUUCUCCCAGAUCAUGCUACUUUGAUUGCUUAUCAAUGAUAUCCUGCCAGAGCCAAAUGAAUCGAUUGAUAUUUGGAAUUAUUGGAAUGGAUCCAGAGGAAUAGAUGUCCCGGGCUUCUGCGGGUGAUGGAAAGUGGAAUUUUGUCUGCAAAUAGGAUCUCAAGAGUAUUAAACUUAUGUCUAUUUUAUUUUAGUCGCAAAAAUAAAUGUGGUAACCGAAUAACUAAUGCAUUUUUCGCAUCAGUAAGGACACCGAAAAAGAAGUCAGCCAUGACCCUGUUGGAUUGCGCUGUCUGACCCGGUCAUAAUUAAAACGGAAAGAGUUACAUUCUCAGAAACUGUACUCUGUUAAAAAUUCCUGCUAUGUUUAAAAGUGAAGAAAUUGCUAACAGAACAUUUUCAGAGCGGCUGACACGUUUUGUCGUGAAACUAAUACAGAAAUGGCUGAGUGAUCAUUGAUCCGUCUUUCUCAAAGAAUAGGCUAUUAACGAGUAAGCAUCGACAAAUCGGCUUUUGCUGAUUACUUUAUCUUGUGGAAGCUUGAAAAUAAUAAUCGAGACCUUUUGAUUGUGAUCCAUUGAAUUUUAAAUGUUAGUUUUUGCAAUUGGGAGUUCCUAGUUUGUCACCCUCAAGACAAAGAUUAGUCAAUGAGAGCUUUUAUUUUCGUUGAACAUGUUAACUUGCACAGUAAAAGGGUCUCGG